AUGAUUGCCCUCCCGGGUCACGAUCGCAAACUGGUGAGGGUGUGCGCCGUCACACAGCAUGGCCUUGGUCUUGCUGAGCGAAGCAUUACCGGCCUUGGACGCAGGGGCGCCGUCUUACGUUCAGCCCUAGUUCACGCGAAGCUCACGCCAGGGCAAUUUGGAGCUGGUGGCCGCGUCGAGUCGCACCGGCCGCGCUCGAUCUUGCAGCUAGCCAUAUCGCCGCCAUACCGCGGUCCCGACGGUGCUGCCGACGCUGCAAUUGACGUUGGCGGCGCCCUGGCCCCAAUUUCCUGUUGCGCUGCUAUCAGGAUAUUCCUGGCUGCCCUGGCCCCCGUCAAUCCUCAUUCAUGGCGUCGGUUCGCCCCAACAGGGCACAACAUCAGGGUUGCUGUGCGCAGGACCCUGGCCGGCUCCCAGUUCAGCAGUCUGGCCUGGAUUGCUCAGCGGUUGGACGUGAGACGGAAGGGGGUCGACGAACAGGCGUUCACCGACCGUUCGCUCACCGUUCGGCUGCAGUCACCAGACGUCAACGCGUUCGCGGGCCUCUUUCUGUCACGUCCUGCGGCGAAAAUGGGAUGGCGAAGUUACAGCAUCUUCGCCUUCGUGCUGCACGCCGCGCCUCUUUCGCCCCAGAGUGUGGAGAAGUUGGCCUGCAAGGCCCAAGUCGUGCAGGCACAGGCCCUGCAGCUGCAUCCAGCCAAGCGCACUGCUGUUGACUUGCAUAUGCUCUCACCUGCUAUUCGCCAUGGCCGCGGGGAUGGCACAGACGGCCGCUGUCAACCCCCACGCCGCCAGAGCCCAUGA